CGAAAAGAUAACCUUUUUUCUUUACCUUUAUUUUAUCCCCCUUCUUUUUUUUGUGGAAAUGUACGAUGAUGUACAAAGUAAUGGGAUUGGUUCGGUUUUGUUACUUUUUCUUCCGCUUUUCCCGAUUUUUUUUUUGUUGUACUUCACCCCUUGUAUUAUCAUUCGCCCUGGAUAUAGGGCGCGCCACUAGGAUUUACGGAACCAACUUUAUUUUUUAUCGCAAAAAUAUUUAAGGAGCUUACUCUUUUUUCUCUAUUUUCGUCUUUUCCUUUUCUUUUUCUUUUUUUUUAUAUUCAUAUGCCGCCAAGUUCACCAAUAAAUCGUAAAUUAUCUAGUGCACCUCCUAGUACAACAUCGGCGACCGAGAUCCCACUUAGUUAUCCAGCAGCUAUCCGUGGUUGUGAACCAUGCAAACGUAGAAAGAGAGUAUGUAACGGACAAAAACCGUGUAUGCCGUGUGUCGAAGGAUCCCAAGAGUGUGUCUAUAGCGUCGUCUCUGAUCAUCCGAGAAGUGUGUUUAGUACAAGUACGGCUCGUAGACUAAGUUCUGGUUCAGCCUGUGAAACUUGUCGUAGACGCAAAACUAAGUGUGAUGGAUGUAAUCCAUGUGGUUUUUGUGCAAGCAGCGGUAUUGAAUGUAUUAAUAAUAACAACACAGUUGAACGUAAAAAGAGACAAGCAGCGGCGGCGGCAGCGGCAGCCCAGUCAAAUCCGGGCGAUAAUAAUGAGGCGAUGGAUCGUAUUGAGGAUAGGCUGAGAAGAAUUGAAAGACUCAUGACCGCUUUCACACCAAGUCCUUUAUCCAAAAAUUGCACAACUUCAGGUUACAGAAAACUAUCUUCUCCUUUAUUCUCUGCACAGAAACCACAGAGACCACAUCGUCAUCAUUCGAUACAAGGCAUUUCAUCCAGUGAGCCACCUAAAGGUAUAGUUGUGUACACAAGCUUGAUUUUGAAACCUGUAUGAUUUACUCGCUUAAUAUAGAUUCAUUUUCUACCGGCAAUAACCUGUCAUCCUCUCCACCUCCACCUCCACCUUUAUCACCUCGCACACUACGACAGAGUGCAUCACAACUGACC